UAAUGUACUGCUGCCCUCUAGAGCCUCUCAUCUUACAUUACACUCAUGUCAUUUUCAACAUACAGAGACAGAAUUAAUCGUUUGUAAAAACAAACGGUUUUGUUUUCAAAGUUAUGCGUAUAUAAUGAGGAAAACAGUAUCUAUAAGGCCAUCACAGUCUGUGUGAUCAAUUUCUUGACUUCCUCCUUUUUGAGUGGCUGGGCUGAAUACCAGAACACAGGAUAUGCUUCACACUGCUCUCAGUUUCACAGCAGCAGCAGCAGCAACAACAGCAGCAGCAGCAGCAGCAGUGAGGACGACACGCUCUGCAGUCAAGAUGAGUGCUGGGGAUGUGGUCUGCACCGGCUGGCUCAUUAAAUCCCCUCCAGAGAAGAAACUAAAGAGAUUUGCCUGGAGGAAACGCUGGUUUGUGCUCAGAAGAGGUCGCAUGAGCGGUAAUCCAGAUGUGCUGGAGUAUUAUCAAAGUAAAAACUCCAAAAAGCCGAUCCGCACCAUCGACCUGAAAGAGUGUGAGGUGGAAAUGCUCAACGGCCAACUCAGGAUAAAGCGAGACUUUCAUGGAAAGCACCUGUUUGUGGUGAAGACUUCGUUUCGCAUCUUUUACCUGGUGGCCAAAACGGAGGAGGAGAUGAACGGCUGGAUCAGCAGCAUCAGUCAGAUCUGCCAGUUUGGGACCCUGGAGGACGCAGAGGGUUCAGAAGAUGGAUUUCCUCAAACCCCGACCUCUCUUCAGCCCUCACCUGACAGCUCUGACAGAGUGUCUGUAUCGAGCCAACAAGAGUCCACUUAUCCACCAGACUACCUCUUCCUGUCACAGUGUGAAACAGGGAGUGUAACCAUCAGUAGACAUGACAGCUUUUCCAACUCUGAGAACUCUCUGGAGCAGAUGUCAUCAGAAGACGCUAUCAAGGACAUUGUGCCUUCACCUCUUUGCACAGAUUCCUCUUCGUCCUCCAUUUCCUACGCCAGCCCCAGCCCGUGUCUUUUCAGCCAUGGGAGGUUGGCUCACCCUCCUUUCAGCGCUCCCUGCACCUCCGUGGCUUUACCGUCGUCCUCUUCGUCUCCUCUGCCACGUCACUGUGCCACAAGUGUCUUCCAGUUUGACAAACCUUAUUCAUCUGCGUCGUUUGAGGCGACGGUUGACAGACAAACGCCUCCUCCGCUGCCACCUAAGCCUAACCAUCUGCCAGAUCAGCUCAGUGAUGACGGGGCUCACAGGCCGAGGGCAAUGAGUACAAGGCACUUCUCAAACCACACCGCGUUCAUUCCCAGAAGAACCUCUUUGUCAAGCUUGGACCAUUUCAGAUUAGGAGAUAUCGAAAGCAGGUCGAUGAGAAACAGGAGGCAAAGUGUUAAUUUGCCCUGUUUAAAUACCACGAGAGUUCAGAGCUACCAGGAUGACUCAUAUGUUCCCAUGGCCUCCCCAUCGCUGCCUGUUACCACUGGUGAAUGUGAUGGUUACAUCCCCAUGAGCCCCAGGACAUGCAGUUUGUUCAGCACUACCGCUGAGUCGUCCACCAGUCUCAGCUCGCUGAUGUCUCAGCUUGGAGAGGUUGCACCACCUCCUAUUCACCGACAUCUCAAGCCUCGGUUGAGGAGAGCUCGACCUCCACCUCUUGACUUGAGUGGCCUCUCCACAAUCACAGAAUGUCCCACUCACUUUCCUUUGAGCAGAACAAUGACUGACUCAUGCUUUUCAGUGAAUCGUCUUCUUCUGGAAAGAAGACUUGGGAAUGGAGACAACGCAAGAGAUGAAGACACAGCAAUUGAGUCGAGACAGUCGCUCUUUCUCAGCUUUGAUGGAGCAGGUCAGCCGCUAUUGAGGAGAUCCAACCUCGACUACUUGUCGCUAGAUUUCAAUUCUGCAUCCCCAUCGCCUGUGCUGAAGCAGAAACCCUUCCUGUCUGAUGAACACAGAGUGGAUUAUGUGCAGGUGGAUGAGAAGAAGACUCAGGCACUGCAGAACACCAAAAUGGAGUGGACAGAUGUUCGACAAUCGAAAACAUAAAGAGAAAUGGAGAAAUAUGAAAACCAACAUGAACUCAUAACAACAACAAAGGACCACAUUUAAUUUAAAAGCACUUUGAAAAACAGUAUUAAAAUAAAAGUUAAAGAACAAGCAAGAACUUAGAUGCUUGCUUUAAAACCUAAAUGGACACCUUUGAUAUGUAAUAUAAUGUCUGUCUAAUCAUUCAGUGUAUUACGGUGAUUUUUACUGUAGCAUUAAACUUUUUUACAGGGCCUUUUUUUUCUUUUAUCGCAAUUACAUCUGUUUGAAUGUAUGUAUAUUUCUGUUAAAUAAUUGUGAUUGUACAGACAAGUAUUUUAAUUAUAAAACAUUCCAAAUCUC